CGCCCCUGGCUUCCAUUUCUGAACUGAGGGACACCGCGCUCGCGUAGAGGAUCCUCGCAUUUACACACAUUUUCUCAUGUAAAUAAAGUAGGUUCUGUUGGUGUAAAUUAGCGACAGAUACUCGAGAGCGUUUUAAAUUGUACUACUUUCUCGGCUUGGAUUCCAGUUUGAAUAGUGGCUAUAACCGAAGCUGGCCUUUUAUUUCCCGUUUUAACUUUCCUUAAGCGGCGUUUUCCGCCGUUUUUUUUCUUUCGUUUCGCCCCACUCACUCUCCCCCUUGUGUGAGUAGGGGCCUGUAACGUUGGUUUAGCCACGAGGCGCGUCGGUACAGCCAGAAUUGGGCUAUGGCGGAGUUCGGGAACGGACUGGCGGAGGAAUCCCUUCUGGACUCUGAUCCUGGUCACCCAGAGCUGGAAGACACAGGAGUUGGCGACGAGGAGCCGGGGUUAGAAGAGGGAGAGGCCGCUAUUGAGGACCCGGAGCUGGAGGCAAUCAAAGCCCGGGUGCGAGAGAUGGAGGAGGAAGCUGAGAAGCUGAAGGAGUUACAGAACGAGGUGGAGAAACAGAUGAACCUCAGCCCCCCACCUGCUGGUCCUGUCAUAAUGUCCAUAGAGGAGAAGAUGGAAGCUGAUGGGCGCUCGAUCUACGUAGGAAACGUGGACUAUGGGGCCACAGCAGAGGAGCUGGAGGCUCACUUCCAUGGCUGCGGCUCUGUCAACAGAGUCACCAUCCUGUGUGACAAAUUCACAGGGCAUCCCAAAGGGUUUGCCUAUAUCGAGUUUGCAGACAAGGAGUCUGUAAGGACAGCCAUGGCCUUGGACGAGUCUCUGUUUCGAGGAAGACAGAUAAAGGUGGGCGCCAAGAGGACGAACAGGCCGGGCAUCAGCACCACAGACCGAGGGUUCCCGCGGGCCCGCUUCCGCUCACGAGGGGGAAACUUCUCGUCGUCGCGCGCACGCUACUACAGCGGUUACACACCGCCCAGAGGCAGAGGACGGGCGUUCAGGGGCCGAGGGCGAACAACAUCGUGGUAUUCCCCUUACUAAUACACCCCUCCCCUUACUAUCACCCCCAUGUCCCCAUACAAAAAAAGAAUGAAAAUACCCCCAAUAAAGGAAGGAACCCCCAGAAGAGAAAAAAAAAAAAAAAGACAAAAAAAAAAAAAAAAAAACAUCUCCUGGACAGACAGACUGGCCGCUGUGUGCGUUUGUGUGUGUGCGUGUGCAGUGGAGGUGGGGCCACCAUCCGGGUAAGAUAUGUGAUGGCCCUGGAGGGGGAAGGGGUGGGAGGAGGGGGAGAUUUGGUGGCAUUUCAGUUUUGUUUUUGAGAAGAUGAUGUAAUCUCAGGCUGCAGACGUGUCUCCUUCUGGCUGUGACCUCCAGCGUGACCUCCAGACCCCCUCGUCCCUAAACAUACUUGCAAUCGGAAACGGUGACCAGAGAGGAGAAUGUGAUGUUUGUUCUUAUUUUAAAUGUACCUCACAUGUGAAACUUCCAAUAGCAAAUGUUUUUUUUCUUUUUUUUUUUUUUUUAGUUUGUGGUAUUGGAGUAUCAUAUUCUCUUGUGUUGUCUGACCAGCUACCACUCACCCCAACCCCCCCUCCCCUCUAACUCUUCAUCACUACGGUUACUGCCGCCCACCUCUGACUCCAUCUCAUGCCGUGUUCAGUGCCCCCCACUUCUCUCGGUCAUUCUGAUGGUGACUGGCGUUCAGUGGGACACACUUGUUUUUUUUUGUCUGUUCCUUUAUUGUACCACCUGCAACCACGAAGGCAUGGCCAGACUUCUGCAAAUCCCCCUUUUUUGUCUGCGUAAACCCUCUUCAUCUGUGCCUGCCUCUCCCUUUGUGCUGUAAACCCCACGCCCCCCAUUUACCCCUCCCCCCCCCCCCCCCUCCCCCCUCUCUCUCCCUCUCUCUGUAUAUUAGACCACUUCUUGUCGUUGCAGGUUUCAGGACCAGUGGAGGCUGUCCACCCCUCCUCCCGUGGCAGCGCCCCCUACAGUCUCGGCGGCGUCUCUCUCUCUCUCUGCCCCCGCUAUGCACACUCACCCCAUCCUGUCUGUGUGGGGGGGUGGGGGCGGGGGGC